GAGCACUACAUAGGGAAUAGGGUUCCAGUAGAGCACUAUAUAGGGAAUAGGGUGCCAGUAGAGCACUAUAUAUAGGGAAUAGGGUGCCAUUUCGGAAUCACACUGCGUUUAUAUUAUAACCUUUAGUUACCAAGAGCACACUUCUCACUCAGGUUACACACUAAGAAUCAAAGCUGUAUGGAUUCAUUGUGCACUUUUUUAUGUUCACUGCAUCUCAGAGUUUGUCCAAAAUGGCACCCUAUAAGUCCUGGUCAAAUGUUGUGUAGUAUAAAUAAGGAGGGUAUCAGUUGACACAUCCCUCAGCAAUGAUAGGAAGCAGAAAUAAAACAACACAUCAAUCUUCCCAUGCUAAUCCAAUGGGUCGUGACCUUGUGACUGUUUGUCCCUGCUUUGAAUGACAGCCCAGUCCCAUAUGGUUAGAUAUUUUUAGGUUUGUUCUCAGAAGGGGAAAUAUCUUUUAAAACUAACUUUGAGAAGGGGUUGUUGGGCUUGCUUUGGACCACUGGUUAAUUUGGAAAUGCUUCAAAUCACAGAAGAAGGGGACGAAGUUAUUAUGCUUCCAAGAAAGAAAAGUAAAAACGAAGCCUCGACACCAGCCGAGGCACAUGGAAGAUCUGUGAAGAAGGAGACAUCACCACUCCUGAAAAAUCUCAUGCCCUCGUUCAUCCGACAUGGACCCACUAUCCCCAGACGCCCCAAGGUCCCUCUGCCGGAGCCUGGCUCAGCCUAUCCCGUGGGGCCUGUGUUACGCUCUCUCCCUGUGCUGAGGUCACCCCACGAGGCGGCUCUGCGGGAACGCCACCGGAUGUCAGCCCCUCCGUACCUACCUGGAAGCCUGGGGGAUAUAACCCACGAGUACGGAGGCUCCUCACAGUCCUUCCUUACAGACGUGAGCGCCAUGGCUGACAAUGAGGAUGCUGGGCUCUACUACCACCCCCUGACUCCGGAGCCUUACUCGGACAGCCAGCAGCAGCAGAGACUGCCUCAGCCACAUCAGCACCCCAGGGCUCCUGACCACUUUCAUGAGGACUAUAGAUACUAUGAACAGAGUGAACAUCAAAGCCUACCACCACGACAACACACUCCCCCGGCCCCCAACAGACAGGCAGCAGGUAUCGGUCGAAUGCAGUCCAAGUCUCUGGGAAACCUGUCCAGUCUGAGCUAUGAGGACCUGUCCCUGCCCCGUGGUUGGACGGUAGACUGGACCAUCCGAGGCAGGAAGUACUACAUCGACCACAACACCAACACCACCCACUGGUCCCACCCCCUGGAGAGAGAGGGUCUGCCCCCUGGCUGGGAGAAGGUGGAGUCGGCUGAGUUUGGACCCUACUACGUGGACCACAUCAACAAGAGGGCUCAGUAUAGACACCCCUGUGCUCCUAGCGUUCUCCAAUAUGACCAGCCUCCUCCCGUUGUAUACCGGCCUCGUCCAGCCGAGCGGAACCAUCCGGUUCUGGUACCAGCCAAUCCGUACCACACUGCAGAGAUCCCAGACUGGCUACAGGUGUAUGCCCGCGCCCCACUCAAGUAUGACCAUAUCCUGAAGUGGGAGCUGUUCCAGCUGGUGGAUCUGGACACGUACCAGGGCAUGUUGAAGCUGCUCUUCAUGAAGGAACUGGAGCGCAUCGUCAAGUCCUACGAGGCCUACCGUCACGGCCUGCUGUCUGAGAUGGACCAAAGGAAACCGAGGUAACAGUGGUACACUCGGGGGCCCAGGAGCACUCUGGGGGCCCAGGAGCACUCUGGGGGCCCAGGAGCACUCUGGGGGCCCAGGAGCACUCUGGGGGCCCAGGAGCACUCUGGGGGCCCAGGAGCACUCUGGGGGCCCAGGAGCACUCUGGGGGCCCAGGAGCACUCUGGGGGCCCAGGAGCACUCUGGAGGCCCAGGAGCACAAUCUGGGGGCCCAGGAGCGCAAUCUGGGGGCCCAGGAGCGCAAUCUGGGGGCCCAGGAGCGCAAUCUGGGGGCCCAGGAGCACUCGGGGGGCCCAGGAGCACUCGGGGGGCCCAGGAGCACUCGGGGGCCCA